GUAUUUUGGCGCCACUGUGUUGGGGCAGGAACCUGGCAACAUGGGCUAGACCGACUUCGCACCUGCUAAUUAACGGUGCUCCAGGCGCGUGCAGAGCUCUCUCUUGGCUCCUGGUCCUUAUAAGGCCUUGUCUUUUUCCGUGACUUCUUGCCUUUUUAAAAUAUCACGCCACCUGGGAACUGAGAAACAAGAAGACGAAGACGAAGAAGAGAGAUCUGAAAGAAGAAGAAACGAUCUGUUGCCGUUGAGAGACUUGCGCUCUUUAUCUCAUUUCCUCUUUCCCCUCUGAAGUCAAAUCAACAAAUCAGACUUCCUUGAACAUUACCACCUACAGAGACACCCUCAAGAUGACCGGACCAGAAGUUUCCCACGGCCGUGGAGGCGCCGGCAAUAUCACACCGGAUGAUACCAAGUACGCUGAUGCUGAGAUCGUGAGGACUGCCGACGAGGGCACGGGCGUCAGCACUGGGCGAGGAGGCGCGGCAAACAUCAUCGGGAAGAAUGCAGCCGAGCCCAGGCAGGACAAGGAGGUGGUACCGGAGGAGGCCAUCAAGCCCUCGAUGGAGAAUCAGGACUAUCACGUGGGCCGCGGCGGCGCCGGGAACGAGCACCACGCCCCGGGUCACGACCACAAGGACAAGCAGGUGGCGGCCGGAGAGGAGGGCGCCACUACUGCUUCUGCAGGGCGCAAGGGGUUGGCGGACAAGCUGAAGGCGAAGAUCACGGGCAUCUUCAAGAAGUGAAGGGUGUUGCGCUGCGCUGCGUUACGUUGCGAGGAAUAGAGGCGUUUCUUACUUGGUAUUGAAUGAUAUCCGAUACCCCCUUCCCUUUUUUCUUUCUUUCUUUCUUUUUCGAUUCUCUCAUUCAAAAGGUGGUUCACCUGACCACAUAGCGUGGUCUUGUCGGUUGUUUCUGAAUCAUGGGUAUGGUUGCUACCGAAAGCUACACUCGCUUGAUGCAUGUGUGCUGCUUUGAGAUCAGAAGGGGUGGGAUCAGGAGACUUAUAAGACGUCAGGGGGCUGGAUUGGAGAAUCCUAGGUUUAUAAGGAUGUAAUAGAGUCUUGACCGUCCUGAACCUCACGAUAGUGACUAAACACCAGUAAGGUCGCUCAGAUCGGACUAAUAUGGACGUGGUGUCGUGCUUCUCUUUCCCUUUCACAGUGGUCAUGACUCGUUGGGAGAGAAGUGGUUGGCAUAUAUAAUCAACCGAGUAAUAUAGUCAGAUUUUAGCAAGGGGGAAG